AUGACAACUGUAGCUGCGGCUCCGCUACGUGACAUUCAUGCCUCUAAAGAAUUUAAAAGUGGUCCGGAUGCAGUCCGGAUUGAUUUAAAAAAUAUUGACGAUGUACCAUACUAUGUAGAAAAACGUUAUGUUAGAGCCGAUGAAAAUCGGGAAGAAUUUGAUUAUGAAGAAGUUCCGGUUGAAGAAUUUUAUGAAGAAGAUAAAGAAGAUUCACUCGAUGUUUUAAUACGAACUGUUAAAGAUUUACAAAAAGAUCAUCAGUCACUGGCCAGCGCCAUUCCAAAAGGCACACUUGCCACACAACCAGAAGCUGUCGAUGAUUUUGUUCGAAAUUUUCUCGUUCGUAUGGGCAUGAGAAAAACCAUGCAACAAUUUCAGGUUGAAUGGCAUGAUUUAGUAUCUUCUGGACAAAUAAAAACAAAUACAAGUGGAUAUUUACCAGAAGUUUAUCGAGAAAAUGAAGAAUUAAGCGAAAGAAUGAAAUUACUCGAGUCGGAAGUGGAUCGUUUCCGAAAAUCUGCCGAGAAAGCUCGAGAAGAAUUUGUUAAAAUGAAGAAAGAACGCAAUUAUCAUCGUCAACAUCAUAAUCGAAUUGCACAAGAAAAAAAUAAUCUUGUUAAUUUCACAAAAAGAUUAAAACAGCAUCUAUCUCAAUAUGAACCACAACUAGAUGAAUUAAAAAGCAAAUAUGAUCUAGCAAUGAGAGAAAAAAUGGUACAUAAAUUGGAGAAAGAAAAAUUACAAAAUCAAUUAAAUGCAACAAAAAUUCCUAGUUUCAAGUCAAACGAAACAGAUGGUUUAGGACCAACACAAACGAAGUUGAAAGAGUUAAGACAAAAAGAAGAGAAGAAAAAAACGGUGCCACAAACAAAUGAAACGAUAAAUAGUUCACAUCCGCAGGAUUCUGAAUUUCCAAUUGAUGUUGGAAGCAAUCCAUAUUUAAAUCGUUUUGCAGAUGAUGGUGCAUUUCAUCGAUCAACAUUAACAUUGGCUAAAGAAAUUGAGGCACACGAUGGACCUAUUAGUUGUGCUACCAUUCAUCCACGGAAACAUGUCGUUGUAACUGUAAGCGAUGAUCGUACAUGGAGAAUGUGGGCAAUACCAGAGGGAGACAUGAUAAUGAAAGGUGAAGGGCAUACAGAUUGGGUGUCUGGAUGUGAUUUUCAUCCAAGUGGAAACAAAAUGGCAACAUGCUCGGGUGAUACGUCAAUUAAAAUAUGGGAUUUUUCACAGAAAAAAUGUGUGCAUACAUUUACAAAUCAUCUCUUACCUGGUACAUAA